AGUGAUAGGGUAGUAUUUGCUUUUUUCAAAAUGGAUGAAUCCCAUUAAAAAAAAAAUAUCUUUCAAAAUGAGCGCGAUGGUUAAUGAGAGAAAUCGAAACACGUAAAAAAAGGUUGAAGCUUUGAUGAACAUGGAAGGAAGGAGGAAAGAAAUCUGCAGAGAGUUGAAAAAAAGCUGAGAGAGAAAGGAAAAAAAUAAAUAAACAGUAGAGUUUGAAAUGUGCAAUGGGUAAAUAAAACGUGGAAGCAGUGAUUCACUGUGAUAGGGAUUAGGGACCAUUCCCAUACCGGCAAUGGUGGUGAUUGAAGAAGAAGGGGGCCCCACCUCUGACCACGUGGAACUCCUUCAAUAAAGAAUCCAUUUUAGCACUGUUCUGAGCUGUCAUAGAGCUCAAGACAUACACAUCUUCCAAUUUCUGAAAUUAAGAUUCUGUGGAGGGAAUCUCAUUCACCUUUGACAAAGCAGUCAUCUUGUCAAGUUGAAGCCUUUGGUCAAUAACAAGAUUUUGGAGAAUAUAUGGAUCUUGACUAUGGCAAGUGUUGGGACACAGCAAAGAAGAACUCUUGGAAGACAACAUUGCUCUUAGCAUAUCAAAGUCUUGGUGUAGUUUAUGGGGAUCUCAGCAUUUCCCCACUUUAUGUCUUCAAGAGCACAUUUGCAGAAGACAUUACGCAUUCGGAUACUAAUGAAGAAAUAUUUGGUGCUAUGUCCUUUGUUUUCUGGACUUUAACACUUCUCCCUUUAUUCAAGUAUGUGUUCAUAGUGCUUCGAGCUGAUGACAAUGGAGAGGGUGGCACAUUUGCUCUCUAUUCCCUGAUAUGUAGGCAUGCGAAAGUGAGUGUCCUUCCAAACAGACAAGUUUCUGAUGAGGCACUCUCUACUUAUAUAUGCGAGCAACCUCCCGAGACGAAUAAUAAAUCAAAGGUGAAAUUGGUUCUUGAGAAGUACAAAUGUCUGCACACGGGGUUACUCAUCCUUGUGCUCAUUGGAACUUGUAUGGUCAUUGGAGAUGGUCUGCUCACUCCAGCCAUAUCUGUUUUUUCUGCGGUUUCUGGGCUUGAGUUCUUCAUGUCCAAGGAUCACCACCAGUAUGCGGUGGUUCCUAUAACAUGCUUCAUACUAGUGUGCCUAUUCGCGUUACAACACUACGGGACCCACAGGAUUGGGUUUGUCUUUGCGCCCAUCGUGUUGGCGUGGCUAUUCUGCAUAAGCACACUUGGGUUGUACAAUAUCUUCCAAUGGAAUACGCGAGUCUACAAGGCACUUUCCCCAUACUACAUGUUCAAGUUCUUGAAGAAGACCAGAAAACGUGGGUGGAUGUCUUUGGGAGGGGUUCUCUUGUGCAUAACAGGAUCAGAAGCAAUGUUUGCAGACCUUGGCCACUUCUCAUAUGCUGCAAUUCAGACGGCGUUCACCUUUCUGGUUUAUCCGGCCCUCAUUUUGGGAUACAUGGGUCAAGCAGCUUUUCUAUCAAAGCAUCAUCACAACAUCCAUGAAAUCAGUUUCUACUUGUCGGUUCCGGAGAGGGUGAGGUGGCCGGUGCUGGUGGUGGCCAUUCUAGCUUCUGUUGUGGGCAGCCAGGCGAUCAUCAGUGGGACAUUUUCCAUCAUCAACCAGAGCCUUUCGCUCGGCUGCUUCCCGAGAGUCAAGGUGGUUCACACCUCCAAUGACAUACACGGGCAGGUUUACAUCCCGGAGAUCAACUGGAUCCUCAUGGUCCUUUGCGUUGCUGUCACUAUCGGAUUCCGGGACACCAAGCAUCUGGGAAAUGCAUCAGGGUUGGCGUUGAUGGCGGUGAUGCUGGUGACCACCUGCCUCACCUCAUUGGUCAUCAUCCUCUGUUGGCAUAAGCCUCCGAUUCUCGCCCUCGUGUUUCUCAUCUUCUUCGGGUCUAUCGAAUUGCUCUACUUCUCCGCCUCUGUCAUUAAGUUCUUGGAAGGCGCUUGGCUCCCGAUCCUCCUCGCCCUCAUCUUGGUCACCGUUAUGUUCGUUUGGCACUACGCCACCAUCAAGAAAUACGAGUACGAUCUCCACAACAAGGUCUCCCUUGAAUGGCUCUUGGCAUUGGGUCCGAGCCUCGGCAUUGCUCGGGUCCCUGGGAUCGGCGUCGUCUUCAGCGAUCUGACUUCCGGGAUCCCUGCAAACUUCUCCCGUUUCGUCACCAACCUCCCUGCCUUCCACCGCGUGCUCGUUUUCAUCUGCGUGAAAGCCGUCCCCGUCCCUUUCAUCCCGCCGGCCGAGCGGUACCUCGUUGGCCGCGUGGGACCCGCCUCCCACCGUUCCUACAGGUGCAUCGUGCGGUACGGGUACCGGGAUGUCCACCAGGACGUCGACUUCUUUGAGACGGAGCUUGUCAGGAAGCUCGCCGACUUCAUCCGGUACGACUGGUACCGGGCCCACGGGGUCGUCAGCUCGCCCGACGACGGUGAGUCCCGGUCAGGCGCGUCCUCGGGCGAGUGCCGACUUGCGGUGAUUGGAACGCUGGCAUUCCCGAGCUUUGAGAUCGAGGAGACCCCCCAACCGGAGAGCGUUUCCGUCGGUUUCUCGACGGCAGAGAGCAUUACGGACGUCAUCGAGAUGCGACCGGAGACGGGGCAACGGAGGGUGAGGUUCGACGUAGAUGAGUCCGAAGACGACCCGCCCUCCGAGAUGGACGUUCAGUUGCACGACGAGCUACGGGACUUGCACGAAGCGCAGGAAGCGGGGAUGGCGUUCAUACUCGGGCACUCGCACGUGAGAACCAAACAAGGGUCAUCCAUAUUCAAGAGGCUGGCCAUCAACUUCGGGUAUAACCUCCUCAAGCGGAACUGUCGGGGACCCGACGUGUCGUUGAAGGUCCCGCCGGUGUCGCUGCUCGAGGUCGGGAUGGUAUAUGUUGUGUGAUGAGAUGUAAAUGCAAAAGAGUUUUCUUCUUACUCUUUGUCACUCUCUUAAUUUGAUACUUCUGAUCUUCCUCUUUGAAUGUUGCAACAAUGUUAACUCAUAGGGAGAGAGAUCAACUAGUAAAAGACACUGAUGUGUAGAUGUACAAAAUUGCCCUCCUGAAUGGCAUAUCUUUGUUUCAACCCCUUUUGGGUGCAUGGGAGAUUUGGCAUGGCUUUUCUUUUA